GCAGGAGAGUCCGCGUGUGAUAUUUAUCUGUCAAUAUGGUUGUUGUGCCUGCCCUGGGCGCCGCCGCCGUUUCGGUGGGCGGGCUGCUCUUCAAGGCAAGCGCCGCCUCGAAGGCGGCUGCCGCAGCGGGCGUGGCAGCCGUGGGCGCCUCAAAACUGGGCCUGGGCAUAGCCAGCGCCAUUAAACUGACAACCGCCGUUGUCGGCGUCGGCAAACUGACAAUUUUACCAUUUCUAAUCGCCGCGAUAGCAUACUAUAAUUACGAUCUGUUCGAUCCCGAAAAUCGGCCCUUUAAUGUGCCGCAGGUGGAGCUGGCCUAUGAUUUCAUAAUCAUUGGCGGCGGCUCGGCGGGCACGGUGCUGGCCUCCCGCCUGUCGGAGGUGCCGCACUGGAAGGUGCUGCUGCUGGAGGCCGGCGGACAGGAGACGGAAAUAUCGGAUGUGCCGCUGCUGUCGCUCUAUUUGCACAAAAGCAAAAUGGACUGGAAAUAUCGCACUCAGCCUCAGGCGACGGCCUGCCAGGCCAUGAAGGACAAACGCUGCUGCUGGACACGUGGCAAGGUGAUUGGCGGCAGCUCCGUGCUGAACACGAUGCUCUACAUACGCGGCAAUCGGCGGGACUUUGAUCAGUGGGCGGCAUUUGGGAAUCCCGGCUGGUCGUUCGAGGAGAUUCUGCCCUACUUCCGCAAGUCGGAGGAUCAGCGCAAUCCGUACCUGGCGCGCAACAAACGCUACCAUGGCACAGGUGGCCUCUGGACAGUGCAGGAUUCGCCCUACAAUACGCCCAUUGGGCCGGCCUUUCUGCAGGCCGGCGAGGAGAUGGGCUACGAUAUCGUCGAUGUGAACGGAGCCCAACAGACGGGCUUUGGCUUCUACCAGUUCAAUAUGCGUCGCGGUUCGCGCAGCUCGACGGCCAAAUCGUUUCUGCGACCGGCCCGUUUGCGCUCGAAUCUGCAUGUGGCGCUCUUCUCGCACGUGACAAAGGUGCUGACAGAUCCGCAGACGAAACGCGCCACCGGGGUGCAGUUCAUCCGGGAUGGCCAACUGCAGAAUGUGUAUGCGACGCGGGAGGUGGUGCUGGCCGCUGGCGCCAUCGGCAGUCCGCAUCUGAUGAUGCUCUCGGGCAUUGGCCAUGGCGAGGAGCUGGCCCGUGUCGGCAUACCGCUGGUGCAGCACUUGCCCGGCGUCGGCCAGAAUCUGCAGGAUCACAUAGCGGUGGGCGGGAUUGCCUUCCUGAUUGACUAUCCCAUCUCGAUUGUGAUGAAGCGCAUGGUGAACAUAAACACGGCGCUGCGGUAUGCCAUCACCGAGGAUGGGCCGCUGACGUCCAGCAUUGGGCUGGAGGCGGUCGCCUUUAUCAAUACCAAAUAUGCAAAUGCCAGCGACGAUUGGCCGGAUAUGAACUUCAUGAUGACCUCCGCCUCGGUAAUGUCCGAUGGCGGAUCUCAGGUGAAGACCGCCCACGGUCUGACCGACGAGUUCUAUCAGGAGGUCUUUGGCGAGGUGAACAAUCGCGAUGUCUUUGGCAUAUUCCCCAUGAUGCUGCGGCCCAAGAGUCGCGGCUACAUUAAGCUGGCAUCGAAGAAUCCCCUGCGCUAUCCCCUGCUCUACCACAACUACCUCACCCAUCCGGACGAUGUGAAUGUGCUGCGCGAGGGCGUCAAGGCGGCGAUUGCCGUCGGCGAGACGCAGGCGAUGAAGCGUUUCGGUGCUCGCUUCUGGAGCAAGCCGCUGCCCAACUGCAAGCAUCUGACCCUGUUCACCGACGAGUACUGGAACUGUUUUAUCAGGCAGUACACGAUGACCAUCUACCAUAUGAGCGGCACGGCCAAAAUGGGGCCGCCCAGCGAUCCCUGGGCCGUCGUGGAUCCACAGCUGCGGGUUUACGGUGUCCCCGGAUUGCGUGUCAUCGAUGCGAGCAUCAUGCCGGCCAUUACCAAUGGCAAUAUACACGCACCGGUUGUCAUGAUCGCCGAGAAGGGCGCCGAUCUCAUCAAGCAACUGUGGCUGACCCCCACCACGAAGCCCACGGAUCAGCAAUGGCGCACGAAGCGUUCGCUGACCCCCGCCAAUGAGACGCUCGCGGAAAGGGUGCGACAAUGGCCAUUGCCAAGCUCGUAGCGGGCA